GGAAACUCUUUGAUGACCCCAAUAGCUCCCUUGAGACUUUGGUUUCCGUGUACAAAGUCAAUGACCUUUCACACCCUCAGACACGGUUCAAGGUGGAUGUCAAUGCUCAGGAGAACCGAUUGACGGGGUGUGUGGUUAUUUCAGAAGGUAUUAGCGUUGUGGUGGUUGAAGGUGGUAAUAAAGCAAUAAAGCGUUACGGAAAACUUAUGCUUAGAAGGAUUGACUGGGCCACUGCUGUCAAAACAGAUGGGGAUGGAGAUGACGAGGACGAUGAAGAGAAGGCUGUUAACAAGUGCGUCUUGGUCUGGCAAGGGAGUGUUGCCAAACACAGCUUCCACAGGUUCCUUGUUCAUGAAUGCAGGACCGAAGCUGCGGCACGGAAGAUUUUUGCUGAUGCUGGUGUUCCCCACUACUGGGAUCUUGCUGUCAACUUCAAGGACGAAGAUUUUUGAAUCCUGAGAUGGGUACUUCUCAACAAGGUGCAACUUUCCUGCUCUUUAUUUGGUUUCGUGCUUCUUUAGAUGGAGUUUUAAGUAAUCAUCACCAAUUUUUACACCUUGUUUGUCCAGAUGGGAUAAACUAGUUAGGGGCAUACCCUCAUACAUAUUGACUACAUGGGUGUCAAAUGUCUUUUGUUGUAUGCUUGUCUAUCUGAUUCACUCUGCUUGAGGUUCGUCACGAGAUUGACUAGUUUGAUGUUCCUCAUUUAGAAGAGAAACUAUGUCGAUGAAAUCCUUUUUUUUACGAUUUGAGUUGAACUUUUUAAUAGCGCUGAUGCUUUUCGACUAAAUCCCUUAAUAUAGUUUUGGUGAUUAA